AACAUGGCGGAUAUUAUCACAACGGAUGUGUUAAUCUGUGGCGGUGGGCCUGUUGGCUUGCUUGUUGCAUAUGGCCUUGCAAGACAGGGCGUAGACUCCGUUCUUGUUGAACAACAUGAUAAAUCCCAACAAGCCAUGUAUGGCCGCGCGACGACUCUCUACCCCCGCACCCUUGAAUUGUUAGAUCAACUGGGAUUGUUGGAUGACCUGAAUCAAAUUGGUUACGUUGCCCGCAACAGUGUGACGUACAGAGGCAACAAGCGUGUGACUUCACGGGGUUGGCAUGUCAUGUUCCAGCGCAUGCAUGGGACAUUCCUGGAUUAUUGUCUCAAUAUUCGCCAGAAGUACUCGGAGGAGGUUAUCCGCGAUGCUUAUGAAGCGUUCCGUGGUAACCCAUACAUUGAAUGGAAACUAGACGGCUUCUCCGUUGAAGAAGGAACUUGUGAUGAUGAUUACAAGGUGACCUCGCAAAUAACUGAGAUUACUUCGGGUAAAGCCUUGACUGUCAAAAGUAAAUACAUCGUUGGCGCAGAUGGUGGCCAUUCUCUUGUGAGACGUCUCGCCGGCAUCCCCUUCGAGGGUGAUCACACAAACUUUAAAUGGGUGCGCAUUGAUGGACGCUUCAAAACUGAUAUGCCUGACUCUGAUGUUGGCUUUGCUUCUAUCGAAUCCAAAAGUCACGGUAAUGUCCUUUGGGUUCAACUGGACCAUGGCGUGAAGCGCAUUGGAUUUGCCAUGACGAAGGAAAUGCUAGCCAAGUACGGAGACAAACUCACCCUCGAGGACGCGAAGAAAGAGGCUAUCAAGUCCAUGGAGCCAUUCUCAUUGGAGAUUGAGUCAAUCGAAUGGUGGACUCUGUAUGGUAUCAAUCAGCGGGUCGCAGACUCCUUCUUCAACAACGACCGAGUAUUGUUGGCAGGCGAUGCUUGCCACACGCACUCAUCCGGUGCAGCUCAGGGCAUGAACACCGGUGUCCAUGACGCAGUCAACCUAGCCUGGAAGCUGGGUGGUGUCGCCAAAGGCUGGUAUGGUGCCGAUAUGCUUCGCACAUAUGAUUCGGAACGGCGCCCGGCGGCGCAACAACUGAUCGGUCUCGACAAGGCCUUCUCGGCUACUAUUUCAGGCACUGUGCCCGAUGGUUACAAAGACCUGUCUUUGGAUGCGAACGAGCUAUUCACCAAGAUCUUCGAUGACACAAUCCAAUUCAACAUUGGAUUGGGCAUCCACUACAAUGAGAACAUCAUCAACAAGGACCCCCUAGCGACCAUGACUUCGGCAGGUUGGAGAGCCCCAGAUGCACUGGUCUACGCCCCUGGCUCCCGGCUUCCUACCAGACUGUUUCACCUGACACAGAACAUUGGCGCCUGGUCUGUUAUUGUUUUCGCUGGACGGCCUGAUAAGACCAAGAAUAGCCUUACCCGUGGGGUGGAAGCAUUGAAGCAGCUUAGUGAGACUCUUCCUCGGGGUAUGCUUCGGUUCUUUACUGUGGUCGCUCAGAGUCCUGCCGGAGGGGACCAAAUUUUUGAUAUUCCAAAGAUUGGCCGGCUGUACUAUGACUCUGAACGAUCCGCUCAUACUGCCUACACGAUCUCCGAUGCUAACGGCGCAGUUGUCAUUGUCCGACCCGAUGGAAUUCUGGGUUACGCGACGCGUCUCGAGGAUACGAGCAGCAUCCCUGGUUACUUUGCAGGUUUUGUGACUCCGCAAUGAUUAUAAGAUAACAAGUGACGUGAAUGGUGAAUAUUUUCAGGGGGAAUGAAAGUUUGUUUUGGAAACUGCUGUAUUUAGAUGUUGACAGAUUGGAC